AUAGUAACAUAAACAAAGCAGGUCUUUAAAGUGAAGUCCGUGAAACAUUGAAACUUCGAAUAAAAAUGACAACAAAAAUGCAAAAUAACAAAAAUUCUUCUACAACUGCUUUUACUGUGAAGGCUGGAAAAAACAGUUCUGGAGCUCCGCCGCCUACUGGAACUUUCAAAGUACGACCGGCUGAUCCUACAAACUUUCGUAAAUUUUAUGAAAGAGGAGAUUUUCCAAUAGCAUUGGAACAUGACACAAAAGGUAACAAAAUUGCUUGGAAAGUGGAAAUUGAAAAGUUGGAUUAUCAUCACUAUUUACCACUUUUCUACGAUGGAUUGAGUGAAACAACUCAUCCUUAUGAAUUUUUUGCAAGACAAGGAGUACAUGAUAUGCUAGAGCACGGGGGAUCUAAAAUUCUACCUGUUAUUCCUCAAUUAAUUAUCCCGAUUAAAAAUGCUUUAAAUACGAGAAAUCAUCAAGUUAUAUGUACAACUCUUAAAAUCCUACAACAUUUAAUAGUAUCUGGAGAUAUGGUUGGAGAAGCUCUUGUACCCUAUUAUCGUCAACUUUUGCCAAUACUUAAUUUAUUCAAGGGUAAAAAUAUAAAUGUUGGAGAUAAAAUUGACUACAGUCAGCAAAAGAGAGAAAAUUUGGGCGAUUUAAUUCAAGAAACACUAGAAGCAUUUGAACAACAUGGCGGAGAGGAUUCUUUCAUAAACAUCAAGUACAUGAUUCCCACAUAUGAAUCAACUGUACUCAAUUAGAAUCAGCUUGGAAUAUUUAUAUAUAUUAUAGCAAUUUUAUUCACUAAAUCUAAAACUAAAGUUAUAUUUAAUAUAAACAAAAAAGAAGUGUUGAAAUUAUUUUACUAAAUGUCACCAAAUUACUGCAAAAUCCAACUUUUUUUACUGAAUAUAUCUUUAAUUUUUGUUUUUUUUUGUGCAUUUUUCUUCUUUUUUAUCAUUUUCUUAACAAAACUAUUCUAAGAAAUCAAAAAUGGAAAAAUUUGAUUUCUUUUAUUGAUGAAUAAAAUUUUAACUAUAUUUGUAAAUAAUUUAAACAUACAAAUGAAAUGAG